CGCGUCCCUAGCAACAGGGGGAACUACGACUAAACAUUAGACCAGAUCUAGAAGUAUGGAGAGCAUGAAGGCCCUUCUAUGUACUCUCGUCCUGGUGUCGUCAUUCGGCUAUGGUACCUGCGAAAAAUGUUGGAAUGACUACAACUGUAAAUAUGGAUGCUGCAACUGGGAGUGUUGUGCAGGUUACAAUUACUACGUGUAUCUGGGUGUGGGCGUGACGUUUGGCGUAGUUACCAUCAUCGGGGUCGUUGUUAUCAUCGCAUGCUUGUUGAAGAAGAAUACCAGACCUGGUCGUGUGAUCGCUGCCACUCGACCUGCCCCGGGUCUGGCGGUACACUCUCAUUUCACAGCCACAAACAGCAGUGGACAAACUCAGAGUAGCUCGUUCGUAUACCCCGCACCGCAAGGAUCCCCCGGUUACGACCCUUACUCCGCCUACCCACCUCCAGGGGCUGCAUCCCCACCCCCUGAUUACAGCACCCACCCUCCUACCUACCAGGAAAAAUCAUAAACUGGUACAAACACUAGGGGAUAUCUCAGCGGAACUAAUUGUCAUCACGUUAAAAGACAAUAAAUUAUCACAAUAUUCAAUCUAAGCGUAGUACCACAUAGCUUGAAUCUUGAGUGUGGUGUUAAACAACAGACAAACAGGCAUAAAUACCGUCUGUUGUAUGUAUCCUAAAAUACAUAUAAAGGUUCAUUGUCUCACAUGUAUCUGCUGUCCGUUUACCUGCUUAUAGUUAUGAGUUCUUAUGUUGCUAUUGAUGGUUAUUUUCAUAUCAUUCAGAAUAUCCACGGCUGACCCCUAUGUCAACCUUAUGGUAUUUUGUUAUGAAAAAUGUUAUUUAAUAACUUUUCAUCAUGUCCAAUACCAUGAACUAAAGUGUAUCUAUUAGAAAGGUGAAUGCAAUACACUUUUACUAUGUUUAGAAAACUAUCAGUGGAAAGUUUUUGUUUCUACCUGGCUGAAAUCGAUCGCUCAUUACAGGUUACUCAACACCAAAUGUUUUCCCAUAGACGGUCAAAACACUUAUUUUCCUAAAACUUUAUUUUUCAAAAUAUUUUUUCAUUACAUUUCUAGUUUUUUAGUUAACCAAGUGUAAUUUACUCUUAUUUCGUUUAACACCAUUGUCACAUUUUUAAUAACCCUCAAAAAGAGAGGUAACUGCCUCAGGGCAUGCCGCUUUAGGCCAUGUGCUUGCACGGUAAACAACAACCAUGAGAAUGUCCAAAGUAGUGGUGAGCAUAAUUAUUGUAGUUUUCAUAUUUCAUGAAUUGUAAUUUGUUAAAGUAACUUUAAUUUAUUUUUUCAUGUAAGUCAUGGUACUUUUUGCGUAGGAAUUUUGCUUUAUUUGGUAAUUUUGUGGCAAGUUGUAAGUUGGUCAAAAUUAUGUGAAUACAUGUUUUCAUGGCAUAAGGUUAACAUUUUCUCAGUGCUUUUGAAGAAGUUUUCAUGCUUUUAAUGUUUUAUUGUAUUUCAAAUGUGCUUAGGAGCAUAUAAGAAUAUUUUGUGCUUUUGUCUUUUGAAUGAGUUUGGGAAGUGGCAGUACAGCCAUUUGUUCAUUUAGCAAGUUAAAUUCUGUUAAUGGCUUAUUAUUUCCUAAAACUUAUUUAGUUCUUCUACUAUUUUCAGUUAAUCUACUGUAAAAGGCAACAUGAACUGAAUAUGAAUAUUAGAAUUAGAAUUGGAAAUGGAUGGACAUGUUGAACAGAUGGACAUUGAAUAAAGUGAUACAUACAAUA